CUUUCUCCGUUGAAUCUUUUGUUUUUUGUUGUUUUUUUUUUGUUGUUUUUUUUUAUUCGCCUCCUGUCUUAUGCGGGACUACAGAUUUGGGACAGUCGUAUAGAGUUAUGGCUGUUGUUUAUUAUACGUAUCAUUCGGUUAUUUUUUUAUUCAUUUUGUACUCUUCUCUUUCAAGUGGGCUAUAACAACAAGCAUGCUCACGAUCAAUUCCGAUAUUCCAAAAGUAAAAGUAGUCAUUCUGCUAUUACUAUAUGCCCAGCUGCAUUGUCACUUAUUACAUCCGUCUAGGUAUCGUAGAAUUCAGCGAGAGGAACACUGUUUUCAAAUUGAGAAAAAAAAUGAUAUUAUUACUUUUUCUGUUCAUAUAAUCUGGACGAAAAUUAUUUUUUAUUUUCAGAUCGAAUAGAUAUAACGAUUGCUCGUUAAAAUGCAAAAAAGACUCUUUUCGAAUCAAUUUCAGAAACAUGCAGAAUUAAGAUCUGGAUCUGAAUUCGUCCGAGUAGGUUUUCUCACGGUGUAAAUUUCGACCCAUACCCCGCCCUUGGAUGAAUUACCUUCUACAUUUAUUUUUGUCUUUAUUAGUUCACCGUCAUCGGAAGGACGUCGCGACCAGGACGACCCUGAAUAGGGUAAAGAGAAAAGAGGGAAAUACACACGAGAGCUUCUUGUGCUGCAAAAUAAAUAAAUAAAUGAAGAAAAUAAAGAACGAAAGAAAAAAAAAAAAGAGGGUGGGGCGUGGCUGCAGUAAACCCCGCUGCGGUCGAAAGGUUUCGUGUCCAAGGGACUGACCAUUAUUAAAAUAUGUAGGUCGAUGAAAAUAACCUUAUUAUACAAAGCGCAAAUGAAACAUAUUCCGUCCCAAGGUGAUCCUGCACGAUGACUUUUUUUAUUUUCAUUUUAUUUCAUUUUGCUCGCAUCUUCCAGUCCGAUCGGAUCGCUAGUUAUACGCUAUUUUUUUGGAGCAGUAGCCCGUUACCAUUUUGUAUGUAAAUUACACCUCAUUAUGUAUGCACGUUACCCAAUAUCAAUACGCUUUAAUGAUAUUUUCAUAGUUCAUUAUGCGGCAUAAUAAUCGCUGGAUUACGCGAAAAAUGCACCACUGCUGCAGGGUGGUAUCAAAUUUUAACAAACUGCAUAUCGUGUAUUAUCCGAUAUUCCACACCGUAUGGUGCAAUUGGUAAUGCACUAGAUAUCGCACCUAGUUUAUUGCACCUAAUGCAACCAGAAUACUCGAUGUAAAUAUGACACUCGACCGCUGAAUCGACACAGAACACCGUUAUGGUAAAAAUCUAAAAAUCUAACACCAGCAACGCUUAGAUAUUGAAACGAUGGAUCGUAUAAAUACUCCCUUAGAUCUUGUGGAGACCUAUUCGAAUCGCAUCCUUCGCUACGAUCGUAACGUAAACUCAACGCAAUCAUCAUGUUCAGGCUCGUGGUACUCUGUGGAUGUUUGAUGACGGUGGCAAACGGUGGAUUGAUUGGUACAAGUUUGUUAGGAACUUCCGGUCCGGCAGCGAUUGCUCUUCAGCCAUCAGCUGCAGCUGUUGCUCUUCAGCAAUCCGCCGUUGGUAUUCCGUCCGUAGCCUCAACAUCCUCAAACAUUAUUCGUGGAAUCGGUAACAUAGGUGCGAUUUCUGCGUACUCGAAGAGCGUCGACACCGCUUUUAGUAGCGAGAGGAAAGCUGACGUCCGCAUUAAUAAUCCUGACGUUCAGACGGGAGUACUCUCCACAGUUUCGGCAAUUCCUACUGCUGCAACUCUAAGCUACGCUGCUACCGCACCUGCACUUCAUGCAGGUGGUGUAGCUCUCGCAGCCGGUCCAGGAUUGACGACAACUUUGACCGGUGCCGGUUUGGCGACGUCUGGUUUAGGUCUGGGUUUAAACGGAGUGGCGGUUAACGGAUUGGUGAACGGUUACGGUCUUGGAGUAAACGGAUACGGUAUCGGAUUGAACGGAUACGGUCUUCAGACAGUCAACGGACUCGGGCUCCACGGCGUCAAAGUUCUUUGAAUUCAAUGCAGAGAGACAAAUUUCAUACACCCCGCACAUGGCAUCGCGAUAUAAUUAUUACAAUCACUUAUUAUAUUACUAAUAUUAUUUUUGUUAUUUUAACCCAAGCUGAAUCGACGCGGCUAAAAAAAAAAAAAAAUCCCCCUGUUUAAUUAUAAAACAGCGUCUAUAAACCAUUAAAUAUUAGACAUCAUUUUUAUUAUCAUUAUUAUUAUUACAUAUCACCGGACAACAAUGAUUAUGUAGUGAAACGUCGACUUAAGAUAUGUGUUAAUCUUAUCUUCAAUAAAUGAACGUAUGAAAUAUUA